GCUCGAGCUUCGUUCACAAGAAAUCCGCGGCGUUCGCCACAGGCCACAGGAGUUCGCGUUGUGCCGCUUGGUUGCGGUCGGUGCCAUGACGCUUGUAGUUGUCGCAGCUCUCGCGGUCCUUGCUCGUACCUCCCUCGCAGAUCGUGGGAACCUUGCCCUGGAGCUCGGUGGAGGUGCGCACAUGAGGGUGGUGAAGGCGCACAGAGCCCAGGAGAGCUGUCCGACAUCAAGGACCAGCUCCGCCAGCUGAAGGAGCGGGUCGACCGGCUGGAGGCCGACCAGGCGGACGAGGCUGCCGAGAUUCAGAGCGCGAACACAACGGCCCAGACGAACUGCAAGAACUGCAGGACCAGGAAGUUCAGGCUGUACCUCGCCCAGACCGGCGCUGCGCUCACCGUCGGUACCGUCGGCGUCACGGCCACCGUGCUUGCCACUCCCAUCGCGGGUGGCCUCGCUGGAGGCGGCACCGCAGUUGUCACCUCCGGAAUGCUCAUGAAGUACACGACGAAGCUCACCCAGAAGUACCCGUGCCUGAAGGAAAUGGCGGCAAAACAGCAAAUGCUGGCGGAUCUGAGGACCGAGAUCUUGAACGAGGUCGACGCGAAGUUCAAGGCCCAAGCAGCCGCGGAACUCAGCACAGCACAGGUCGAUCAGGAGGAAAGCGUGUGCGAGGCGCUGUGA